UUUUCGUUGUUUGAAUGUAGCCAAGUCAUAAGUGGGACCAGAAAUUGGCCAAGUGAGACGUGUCAUUACCAUUGACAAUCUUCACCACCUACCUUUGUUAGUCUCUUCUUUGACCCUUCACCAUGGAACCAGACGUUGAAGAAAAUAAUCACCGCAAUUGUUAAAUACAUUCUAUAUUUUUAAUACAAUUCAACAUAAUUCACUCAACUUUAAUAAAAUCCUCUCACAAAUUUAAAGCAGGAUUUCUUUUUCUUUUUUUUCAACGCAGUCACCAUGUCUAUAAACUUAGAGUUUCAUGCUUUCGCCGGCAAUCCUCAAAGCUCCAAAUUCUCAUUUUCCGGUGACACCCUUUCACCUUCUGCAGCUCUCAAAACACUCAAUGCGCGAAUUACUCUAAACAAUGCUGAUUCUUCUCCUUCCCCCAGUUUCAAGGUGCUGGCUUUCAGAAACGGGAGGCCCUUGGCUUCUUCUGCCGCCGGCUCCGGCGACUCGCCGCCGAUUUGGCGUCUGGGUUGGCUCGGCUUGGACGAUCUCAGGGGUAUUUUGGACAAUUCUAGGUCUGGUGCCGAGUUGAGUGUGGACUCGUUGGUGUAUCUGAGUUCGAGUGCAGAAAACGACGCCGUUUACUGGGCUAUCGAUGUUUCCGAUGAGGCACCUGAAUUGGGUUACAAAGACAUGGGGUUGUGUUUCGUGGAGCUUCGAACCCUCAUGGUGGCUACCGACUGGUCGGAUUCGCAAGCAAUGGGGAACUUGGCUAUUGCUGGUCAAGCUAAGGCACUGCUAGAAUGGCAUAAUGUUUCACGAUUUUGUGGACGUUGUGGAGAGAAAACAGUCCUAAUGGAAGGUGGGAGACGGAAACAAUGUUCAAAUGAUUCAUGCAAACAGAGGAUAUAUCCACGUGUUGACCCGGUGGUCAUCAUGCUCGUAAUUGAUAGAGAGAAUGACCGUGCUCUUUUGGCUAAACGAUCAAUGCCUAUGCCUCGAUUGUAUACCUGCUUAUCAGGUUUCAUGGAGCCGGGAGAAAGCUUGGAGGAAGCUGUGAGAAGAGAAACAUGGGAAGAGACUGGUAUUGAAGUGGGAGACAUUGUAUAUCAUAGUUCUCAGCCGUGGCCUGUUGUACCAAAUGGCAUUCCAUGCCAGCUGAUGGUUGGGUUCUUUGCAUAUGCAAAAUCCCUAGAAAUAACUUUGGACAAGAAAGAGUUAGAAGAUGCUCAGUGGUACAGUAGAGAAGAUGUAAGAAAAACAUUGACGUUUGCCAAAUACAAGCAAGCCCAAAGAAAUGCAGCAGCAAAAGUGGAGCAAAUGUGUGAGGGACUAGGAAAGAAUCCAAGCUUUGCUUCAGAUCUCAACGUGGAAAGUGCUGACGAACAUGCUCCAAUAGUUGUUCCUGGACCCUUUGCAAUAGCCCAUCACCUUAUUUAUUCUUGGGCCUUCUCAGAUCAUAAUGUAGUAAAUGGUGUUGAAUGCAAUUCAAAAUAACCUAUCGGUUCUACAACAAAUUUGAAGGGGUGGCUGAAAUUCUCUUCAAUGAAGCUUUGGAAAUAAAAUUUAUGUUAUCAGUGUUGUAUAUCUUUUUAUCUCCAAUAAUAUAGAAGGGAUCUAAGCCGGUGAUGGGAUUUUCCCAUCAAAUUUGUUUUAGUGAUUCUAUAGUCCUGGAAUUGAAGAGCUCAACUUUUGAUUUUGCAUUAUUCGUUCAUGUACAAUUCAUAUUCUUUAUUAUGAAUGAACUUAUUAAUAUUUUACAAGAUUAUCUGCUUUCU